CAAAAUUUAAAAGAUUACUGGUACAAGGUGCGGAUUAUAAUUUUAUUUGUAAUGUAUAAGUACUGUUGUUUAUAGUCAAGCUUUUAGAUCUGUGCAAUAAUUAAGUUUGAAUACUUAAUAAAUCCAAUGCUUUCAAUGACAAUGUCAUCAUCGGUAGGAGUACCAGAAGUGCAUACUUCAUCAUCACAACAUUCAAAUUGCUCAAUAAUGUCCUUAGGAAAAAUGUCCAUCCCAUGUUUUUUAGCCAUAGAGAUAUAGAUUUAGAAAAAAGUCUUACAGAAGAUAUGCAAAAUUUUUUACUGUUCUGUGUAAAUCUCCCUAAAAUGGAGUUGAUCAUAAUGAAUCUUAAAAACGCUGCUGUUAUAACAACUUGUGAAAUGUAAUUCAUCUCCCAUCUUAAAACCUGGUAAACUCAUAAUGAACAGACUGAGCCAGAGUCUUGUUUCAAAUACCACCCCGUCAUCUCUUCUACAAUGGUUAACAGAAGAAUUAGAAAAACGGGACAUAGAUACGGUAUAUGCACGGUAUAUUGUAAGUCUUCUUCAACAGGAUUGUGCAGAUGUAGAACCAAGUGAAUGUUGCCAUAACAGGUUUUACCAAUUAAAAGGAUUUCAAAAAUGCUGUAUACUGAAAAAUUCUUUUCCGUUUUCAAAAUUAAAACACCAAAAAUUCAAGAAAUCAGCCAAGCAAAUGAUGUUUAUGCAUUCUUGUCUACAUUGCAAUAAAAAAUGCUUAGAUGUUGAGAGGCUGAAAAGAAAUGCUGCUGUUGAAUGCUUACAAUCAACGUAUCAUGAUGUUGAUGAUGUUGAAGAACUUGUUGAUCAGGUGUAUAUUGAGCUGAAAAAUAUAAAGAAUCAAAAAGUAGGUGAGAAGGAGAAGGUUUACAGAAGCACUUGUGGCGAUAGAAUUGAAAAUUCUUUUUUCAGGCCUGCAUCAUCAUCAUCAUCUGACAUUCAAAAAUACUUUGAUGAUUUCCCUUGUCUCAGUUCUUCUGAAGAAAAUGUAUCUGUUGAAAAUUGUAACAAUAGUAUCUGGGAUCGAAAACCUUUCAGAAAGACAUAUUGCUUUGAAAAUAAUACCGUUCAUUCUCCAAAUCGUUUACUCUCGGUGAAAAGUUGUAAUCAGCCUGUAAUACCAUAUAAAUUCUUAAAAACCAUUAAAAAUGUUUACAAAACUGAUAGUUCAUUAAUAAUCAACCAUGAUAAAGCUCUCAUUCAAUGUUCAGGUAUUGAUAUCGAUAAUUUUAUUUCAAGUUUAGGAAACGCUCUAAAUGCUCAAACUUUUAAGCUUUUAGUUAAUCAGUUUAUACGAAUGAAACUGAAAAAUCGUGAUAUUAAACCGAAACUCAAAUUACCUUUGUGGACUUCCUUGUCAGUUUUUAACAACAUUGCUUUCAAUGGGCUAACCCUCUCUCUUAAAACUCUCGAGAAAGUUGAGUGUUAUGUUAUUAAAAUUUUCCGAGAAAUGCAGAGUAAUAUUUAUUUGAAUUAUUUAAUUAAAGGAAUAGCUUUAACAUUCAUAUUUCCGGCAUCUGGCAUUAGUUUCGUUUACCUUUUUAUAUUCUCUAUUAAAAACUUAAAUUAUGCAUAUAAAACAAAAUCUGAAGCUUUAUUAAAUUUUUCUGGUGUUAAUGCUAAUUCUGAUAAUGUAGAAAGUAUAUUAAAACUACUUUUUUCAUCAAAAACUGAAUGUAGUAAAAAUAUCAAUAGCAAAAAAUAUAUUGUAUUGAAAUAUUUUCAAAGUAUAGAAGAAUGCUUACUUUUAAAUGGUACAUUAGUGGUAAAUUAUGCUGUCAUCAAUCAAAAACUUUCAACAAAGUUACUUUUUGAAGCUUAUUUGAAAGCUAUUAUUUUAUUUUCUGGAUUGCAAGUUGAAAAUUACAAUGCACUAGUUUUCAGUCAAGUAUGUUUAAAUUAUGAUCAUGAUGUAGUUGAUAAUACUAAAGUAAUUAAUGAUUUUAUAAGUUCACACGUACUUUAUUCUAAUGAAUUAAAAAGCUCUAUCUGUGACUUGAAGAAAACAGAAAAGUUUUCACAAAGCAGUUUAGGACAAUUUAAAAGUUUUUUGAGAGAGCCCCCUACUGUUAAAAAUCAUACUUAUAGUUCAAUUCCUUUAUUUUCAAAUGUUGGCGAUUCUUCAUUUAGAGAUAUACAUAAUUAUAUUGCAACUGAAAGCAUUACCAGGCUAAGCAAAUACAAAUUGAGUAAUUGCGAUCUUUCUUCAUUGAAGUCAGACUGGGAGCCAUAUACUGAGUAUAUGGCUCCUGUGAAGUCAGCAUGGGAGCCUUGUACCGAGCUUUCAGAAAAUUAUCCAAAAUUAAAUGAUAAGAAAUGGCUUUUCUUUUGGGGAGAUGAUCAAAGUGCUAUUGAAAAUAUUUGGUUAAAUGAUUUAACAUCUAAAAAAGAUCCAACCUUUGACAAUGAAAUAAUAAAUCUCCCUGAAACUUGGGAUAUUAAUAAUGACUUAAAAAAUUUUGAGUUUAAAAGUUCAAAUUUCUCAAAUUUAGUUAGUGAUCCAAUUAUUCAAAAACUUAUUCAAAGUGAAGGUAAUGUUGAACAAUACAAAAGUAGAUUUGAUGAAAUAGAUCUCCAAAACCUGUAUGAUUCUCAGUUAAAUAUUUGGAAACCUGAACCAUUUGAUAUUGAAUUUAGUAAUGAUAGUUUCUCUGAAUUUGCUGAAGAAAGGAUUUUUGACUUAAAAAACUUAAAUACAGAACUGUUGCAAACGAAUAAUGUGAAUGAAACUGUUUGGAGCACCGAAUCAUCAUAUUAUAUGCCACCUGAAUGCAAAGAUGCAGUUAUAUCUGACAGUUUGACUUAUGAUGAAAAUAAAGCAGAUUGGGACUCCAACUUUUAUUUUGAAGACUCCUAUUCCUCAAGCACAGAAUUUGAGCUUGCAGCCUCUGAAGAGACUAAGUUGGAAAAUCAAUUUAAUGUUACUGAAUGUGAAGAUGACUCUUACCUAUCAACUUCACUUUCAUCAACAAAUUACAUGGACAAAAAUAUAAAGCAAAAUCACUACUUUAUGAAAAAGCCUUGUAGCUUUUAUUUACAAGGAAAUUGCUUUCGAAAUGAUUGUAAAUACUCCCACGAUGUGUCGACUAUAACUUGUAGGUUUUGGAAAGAAGGUGACUGCUUUAAAGGUGUAACAUGCCCAUUUCUUCAUGGGGAAACAAGUCCCAAGGAGGAGAGUUGCAAGAAAAGAUGUUUCAAAAAAACAAAAGUCUUCAAAACCAGAGAGAUUUACUCAUUGGAAUCAGAGAAAGAUUUUCCAUCACUUUCAGCUAAUAAUUCUGAAAUACAAAAAAUUACCAAGUCGGAUCCCAUUAAUAUUAUUCAAGAUAAGUCUUCUAAGAAGAAAAAGAAUAGAAAUAAACAUUUGCACACAUCGGUAUGAAAAUGGAGUAUCUACCUUAAUUCUUUAAAAUGUCUUGAAUAUCAACUAUAGUUAUUUUACCUUAUUGUGUUUCUUAUUAUAAUCUUGAAUUUUAAAUAUUUUUGUCUUCUUAUGUUUCUAAUGUGAACUUUUUUCUGCAACCUAAUUAAAUAAUUCUGGUAUUUUCCAUAAGUCUGCUAUAAUUAAACUUUGUGAAUUCAUAUAUUUUAUUAUAUAUGUUUUAUUAUGUAUGUUUUAUUAUAUAUAAUUAUAUUAACUUACAAUUAAUUAAUAACUUAUUUCCCAAUUAUUCAUUUUCCACACGUCAUUAUUUCCUCCCAGUUUUUAUCAAAUUUAUUUAUUAUUUUAGCAGUAAGUGAUCAUAUUA